AUGUCCUCGCUCCUGUUCCAGUUCGGGGCUGGCCCUGUUUCCCUGUUCCUGGUUCUCUGUCUGCAGCUGGGAGCCAUCAAUUCACAGGAAAGCACCAGCUGGAGUGUGAUGAAUAUGAGUCUGCAGUUGCAGAAGCGAGCUAAAGUGAACGAGGAGGUCCCCUUGACCCUGCGGCUGAGUACGGACGUGAAAGAGUGUAUGGUGGUGAAAACAUAUCUCAGAAGCGACAAGCAACUGGAAGGUAGUUCUCACACUUAUACCUACACAUCCUGUCUGUGUGAUGAUUACCCAAGAACUUUGUUCUGGGACAUUCGCAGCAACACCACGGUGACCAUUUGGGCAGUAGCUGACAUUAUUCGGCAGACAGGUAUCUGCCCUGAAGACAGGGCUGUCAUACCAAUCAAGGCGAACCGUUUUUACAUUUCUGAGACCUUGUGGAUAACAUCUUAA